AUGUGUGGAAAAUGCGAAUCACCAAUUCGAGAUCGUUUUAUACUUAAAGUAUUAGACCAGUUAUUUGGAACUAAAUGUGCUAAAUGUGAAGAAGGUAUAUGCCCAGAUACGAUCGUACGUCGUGCGAAUGAGCAUGUCUAUCACGUAGAAUGUUUUCAAUGUGUUAUUUGCAAACGUGAAUUGAGAACUGGCGAAGAAUUUUACUUGAUUCCCAACGAUGGACGACUUGUAUGUAAAUCAGAUUAUGAAAUGGCAAAAAAUAAAGAAUCAGAUGUGGAUUCAAAUACAAAACGACCAAGGACAACUAUUUCAGCGAAAAGUUUAGAAACGCUUAAACAAGCGUAUCAGACAAGUUCGAAACCAGCAAGACAUAUACGAGAGCAACUAGCUGCUGAUACGGGUUUAGAUAUGAGAGUUGUGCAGGUUUGGUUUCAAAAUAGGCGAGCUAAAGAAAAGCGAUUAAAAAAGGAUGCAGGAAGAAGAUGGGCUGCAUAUGGCAUGAACAAGGCAUUAGACAGUGAUAGUGCUUCACCAGAUGGCAGUCUUUGUCAAAGUCCCUUAUUUGGUACGAGUGGUUAUGUGGAUACUUCAAUUGAUGGUGAUGGUCAGUCAGAUGUAGGAUAUGGGAGCAAUUUAUUUUUUUACGAGUGGUUCUUCUACAAUGGGAUUGGAAUUUUUUUAAAAAAUUUAUGUUUUACAGAUAUUGAUAAUAAUUUUGGGCGAACACCAGAUGGAAAUCUGGCUCCAGCUGGAGCCUUAUUAGGCUUAGAACCAACAACUAUGCAAAGCGAACUUCAAAACUCUUUAUUUAUAGAAGCAUCUCCUGGAAUCGUAAUUGAUCAUUCAGUUUCUCAUCAAUAUUUGCAGUAG